ACUCCAGUAAGAUAUACAAAGACUCUGCUAUUACCAGUUGUUUUGGUGGUUUUUGGGGUAAUCAUCAAAAGGGCAAUUAAAUAUCUUAUGUGGGCCUUAUCUCAGGCAGGCCAAUAUGAAAGAGAGGAACGUUUUAACCACGGCGAGCUGGUAUACCAUGCAUUGCAGCUGUUGGCAUACAGUGUCCUAGCGAUUUUAAUCAUGAGACUAAAACUGUUUUUGACACCACAUCUAUGUGUUAUGGCUUCCUUGGUCUGUUCAAAACAGUUGUUUGGAUGGCUCUUCUGUAAAAUCCAGCCCAAAACAUUGGUCUUUGCUAUUUUAGCAUUGAUGGCAAUAGAGGGAUCAGCAAACCUUCAAACUCAGUGGAACAUCAUGGGAGAAUUUAGCAACUUGCCACAGGAGGAACUUCUAGAGUGGAUAAAAGUCAAUACCAGACAAGAUGCAGUUUUUGCAGGAGCAAUGCCUACAAUGGCAAGUGUUAAAUUGUCUACACUUCGUCCUAUUGUAAAUCAUCCUCACUAUGAAGAUGCAGGUUUAAGGGCCAGAACUAAAGUAGUGUAUUCCAUGUACAGUCGAAAACCUGCAAAAGAAGUGAAAAGAGAGUUGAUAAAACUAGGAGUGAAUUACUACAUUCUGGAAGAGUCAUUGUGUGUAAGCAGAAAAAAGCCUGGUUGCAGUAUGCCUGAAAUUUGGGAUGUCGAAGAUCCAGCUAAUAGCGGCAAAAUUCCCUUAUGUACCCUUAUGAGCAAGGAUUCCAGGCCAUAUUUCAUCACAGUAUUUGAAAAUAGCAAUUACAGAGUCUUGAAGAUUCCAAAGGAAUAACAUUUCAAUGCAAAGAACGAUCAGUCUUUCAACUUUUUAAACUAGUAACUAUAAGAAUUCUAAAUCAGAAAUACCUUUUCUACUAGACUUAAAAUGGAAAAAUGUGUAUUUUAUUUUUUACCAUUUUAAGUGAAUUCUGAUUAUAGAAAUAUCUUAAACCUAACAGUUUGGAUUUCUAUUUCAGGGUCAGUCCCUUGAGAUUUGCUAUGCAAA